GUCGAGACGCCGAACCACUCGAUGCGAUAGGAAGCAUGCAUUGCAAUACUAUGCAGCAGUGACACAUGCACCAAUACACAUAAGUAGUUACAGUUAUCGUUACGCCAGGGAAUAUUAAAUUAGUUCUGUGUAGUAUGAAAGUACAACUGCCACAUUGCCUUACAAAACAUGGGAGAUAAAGAGCAUCACGUGCACUUCAGUGGGGGAAGCGGCCUUGGGAAAGACAAUAAUAUUAUGAUACAACCCCAGCGACACGGACAAAUAGAUGUUCAUCUUGGAUUCUUGCAGCUUCAUCACAGGUACCACGUGGACUUCUCCGUCCCAUGGAAUCUAUGUGUACAUGGCGAUGGGAAGACACUAGCCCCUGCCAUAGUCACUGGAAAUCACAAUCCUAAUUGUCACAUUGUUGAUUUGGGACAAGAGAAGGAUGGCCUGAGGUUGAAGGUGGCGCUGCUGGCGUACAAAGAGAAGAUCCUGAAGGAGGAGGUGGAGAUAAUGUGUUGCAAGGCAGGAACGCCGCUAAAAAUCCAAUUGAACGCGCGUGUCUUGGGGAAAGACAAGGGCACCCCGUUGCUGAGGAACGGUAUACGCAGUAUCGGAGUGGAGAGACCGGACGAAGAUGAGGUGCUGGGUAUGAAACUGAGAGCAUCCCUGAGCAUGCCAAGCCGACAGAAUCUUUGAACAGAAAGCUAGUGUCCUGGUUCACGAAGAACGUCACACGUUCCGGGUUAACGACGAAGAAUCUCUCAAGAGAUGAAACCAGAGCACGAGAACGUUUCUCAUUUCGAACGUUGAACGUGUAAUUCUUCAGAGAAUCGCGGCGACUAAUGGAUCUUGGUGAUCGCUAUUUUAGUAGACAUAUGAUAUCGAAUGCACGUGUCUUAACUUUUAAACGUAGGAAACCACAUAUGACAAACCAAGAAGAAGAAAAAAUGAACAUAAUCUACUUCACCCCUUAAAAUUGCACGUCGUAACUUUCAAAGUACACAACGUUCAGUGACGAGCUUCUCUCGAGUUUGUUGCGUUGGCCUAGCGUAGACCAACGCUGGGACUCUCUCCUCUUGCGUCGAUUUUACGGAGACGAUGGCAUUUCGGCGCAAGAAGCUAAAGUGUUCCUUCAAUUAGCCUUUCUCGAAGGAUCGCAGCCGGGUAUAUGUAAUUACGAGUAACUGCUAAGUGCCACAUUUGCCUACUGUUAUCUUCUCCAACGAGUACGUAUCACGCAAUGCCUAUAAAGUUUACUACACCUUUUAAUAAUCACUGUCAAUCUACCUGUAAUAAGUGAGAUUGUAUUUUAUUAUCGUUUUACAUCGAACGUAGGCUUUAAAACAUUCAAUCAAAACGAACGAACUAUACGAACGACGACGCUAUUUUCUAGUUCCUCGCUAAGCUAAAAACGAAUUAUUAAAA